CUCGCUGCCUCACACCAGCAGCAUGGCGGGCCUUCCCAUCAAGUUUCAGGAGAUGCUUCAGCUCACAAGCAUGGGCAUUGAUGCGGCCUCCAUCUCCUUCAACACACUGACCAUGGAGUCGGAAAAGUACAUUUGCGUCCGUGAAGCCAAGGCCGGUAAAACCGAGCUUGUGAUUGUUGAUGUCGCCAACAAGUCGGUGGAACGUAAGCCUGGAGGCGCAGAUAAUGCCAUUAUGAACCCUGCAGCCAACAUCAUUGCGCUCAAGGCAGCCAAGGUCCUGCAGAUCUUCAACCUUGAGACGAAGCAAAAACUCAAGGCGCACACGAUGGUGGACGACGUCCAGUUUUGGCGCUGGGUGGAUGACAAUACACUGGGUAUCGUCACCGCACAGUCCGUCUACCACUGGGCUCUUGAGGGUGAUUCUGCUCCCGUCAAGAUGUUCGAUCGCCAUGAGAGCCUCAACGGCACCCAGAUCAUCAACUACCGCACUGAUGCUGCCAAGCAAUGGCUCAUCCUGAUUGGCAUUAGCGCGCGCGACAACCGCGUGGUUGGUUCGAUGCAGCUCUAUUCGGUUGAGCGCAAGGUGUCUCAGCCCAUCGAGGCCCAUGCCGCCUGCUUCACGCAGUUCAAAAUGCCGGGAAAUCCUCACCCCUCCAACGUCCUCUGCAUGGCCAACCGUGGAGCUGCGGGCGCCAAGAUUCAUGUCAUUGAGGUCGGCGCGCCGGCCGCUGGCAACCGCCCCUUCACCAAGUGCAACGCCGACAUCUUCUUCCCCCAGGACGCUGCUGGUGAUUUCCCCGUCGCCAUGCAAAUUGGCCCCAAGUAUCAGAUGGCCUACGUCAUCACCAAGCUGGGCUACUUGCAUCUGUUUGACGUCGAGACGGCCUCGUGCAUCUUCAUGAAGCGCAUUUCCGCCGAGACCAUUUUCAUCACGGCCCCCCAGGACAGCGUCAGCGGCCUCAUCGGCGUCAACCGCCAGGGUCAGGUGCUCUCCGUCACCGUGGACGAGGCCAAUCUGGUCAGCCAUGUUACUUCACAGCUCAAGAACCCGCAACUUGCCCUCAAGCUGGCCGUGCGAGCUGAUCUGCCUGGUGCGGAGGAUACCUUUGUCCAGCAGUUUAACCACCUCUACGGCCAAGGCCAGUUUGCUGCUGCCGCCAAGGUGGCCGCUGAAGCUCCUCGCGGUAUCCUGCGCAACCAGGACACUAUUCAAAAGCUGCAGCAGGCUCCACAACAGCCGGGACAACAGCCCCCCAUCCUGCAGUACUUUAGCACUUUGCUUGAAACUUCCCGCCUCAACGCCCACGAGUCUGUUGAGCUCUGCCGCCCCGUUGUGCAGCAGAACCGCACCGAGCUCCUCGAAAAGUGGCUCAAGGAGGACAAGCUCGAGUGCAGCGAGCAACUGGGCGACAUGAUCAAGCCCAUCAGCCCCAAGUUUGCCCUCUCCGUGUAUUUGCGUGCCGAAGCCUCGGCCAAGGUGAUUCAGUGCUUCGCUGAGACUGGCGAGUUUGAUAAGCUGGUCCUCUAUGCCAAGAAGGUCAAUUACCAAGCCGACUACGCCUACAUUCUGCGCAUGAUUCUGCGCUCCAGCCCGGAUAAGGCCGUGCCCUUUGCCACCAGUCUGGUUAAGGAGGAUCCUCCUCUCGCUAACAUCAACUCUAUUGUGGACGCGUUUGACGAGAUGAAGCUUGUCCAGCCUUGCACCGCGUUCCUUCUGGAGGUUCUGAAGCCCAAUCUUCCGGAGCAGGGCGACCUGCAAACUCGCCUUUUGGAGAUGAACCUCAUGCAAGCCCCUCAAGUCGCCGACGCUAUUUUGGGUCAGGGCAUGCUCACGCACUUUGACAAGCAGCGUGUGGCUCAGCUCUGUGAACAGUGUGGCCUCACCCAGCGCGCUCUGGAGAACUACACUGACCUGUAUGACAUCAAGCGUGCCAUCAUUCACACUCAGAUGCUGGACCGCAACUGGCUUGUGCAGUACUUCUCCACGCUCUCAGUGGAUGAUUCUAUCGAGUGUCUGCGGGAGAUGUUGAGCAAGAACAUCCGCCAGAACCUGCAGGUGUGCGUUCAGAUUGCCAGCAAGUACCAUGAGCAGAUUGGCGCCGCCGCUCUUAUCGACCUUUUCGAGUCAUUCAAGUCGGCCGAGGGCCUCUUCUACUUUUUGGGUGCUGUUGUCAACAGCUCGGAGGACCCCGAAGUGCACUUCAAGUACAUUGAGGCAGCAUGCAAGACGGGUCAGACGAAGGAGGUGGAGCGCAUUUGCCGCACCAGCAACCACUACGACCCCGAGCGCGUCAAGAACUAUCUGAAGGAAGCCAAGCUCUCCGACCAGCUGCCUCUGAUCAUCGUUUGCGAUCGUUUUGACUUUGUUCAAGACUUGGUCAUGUACUUGUACAAGAACGACCAAAGGAAGUUCAUUGAAGUAUAUGUGACCAAGGUCAACCCCAAGCGUCUGCCCGCCGUUGUUGGUGGCCUCAUGGACGUCGACUGCUCGGAGGACACGAUCAAGAACUUGAUCAUGGUCGUUCGCGGCGAGUUUUCAACCGAUGACUUGGUUGCCGAGGUGGAGAAGCGCAACCGCCUGAAGAUGCUGCUGCCUUGGCUCGAGGGCCGUGUGCAAGAAGGUGUGACAGAGCCUGCCACACAUAAUGCUUUGGCCAAGAUCUACAUUGACAGCAACACCAAUGCCGAGCGUUUCCUGAAGGAGAACCAGUACUACGACAGUGCCGUCGUGGGCAAGUACUGCGAGAAGCGUGACCCCCAGAUGGCCUUUGUGGUUUACGAGCGAGGCAACUGCGAUGAUCAGCUGAUUGAGAUUUGCAACGCCAACGCCCUCCACAAGAACCUGGCUCGCUACCUGGUGCGCCGUAAGGACUCAGACCUCUGGGCCCGUGUGCUGGACGAGAGCAACGACCAACGCCGCUCGGUCAUUGAUCAGGUGGUGCAGACUGCGCUGUUGGAAGCCCAAGAUCCGGACGAAAUCUCCGUUGCUGUCAAGGCGUUUAUCGCGGCCGACAUUCCCUCUGAGCUCAUUGAGCUGCUCGAGAAGCUUGUCAUGGGCGAGUCCAUGUUCAGCAAGAACAGCAACCUGCAAAACCUCUUGAUCGUGACGGCCAUCAAGGCCGAUGGUGCACGCGUGUCCGAGUACAUCAACCGCCUGGACGACUACGAUGCCUCGACCAUUGCCCAGGUGGCCAUUGAGCACUCGCAGUUUGAGGACGCCUUUGCCGUCUUCAAGAAGUUUGAGGUGCACACCGAGGCUGUCAAGGUUCUUAUCAAUGAUAUCAAGAACCUGGAUCGCGCCUACGAGUACGCUGAGCGUGUUAACAAUGCUGAUGUGUGGAGCCUUUUGGCCGGCGCACAGCUGCGCGACGGCAUGAUCAAGGAGGCCAUUGAUAGUUACAUCAAGGCCAACGACCCGUCUGCCGUGCAGGGUGUCGUCAUGGCUGCCAAGACGCAUGACAAGUUUGAAGACCUCAUUCGCUACCUGCAAAUGGCGCGCAAGAAAUCCCGUGACGCCGCCAUUGAGACCGAGCUCGUCUUUGCGUACGCCAAGACAAACCGACUCGCCGACAUGGAGGAGUUUAUCACCAGCCAACACAUUGCCAACGUGCAGGAGGUUGGCGACCGCUGCUACGACGAGCAAUUGUGGGAGGCUGCCAAGAUCCUCUACUCUAAUGCCUCAAACUUUGCCCGUCUCAGCUCCACCUUGGUGCACCUCAAGGAGUACCAAGCAGCCGUGGAUGCUGCCCGCAAGGCCAACAGCACGCGCUCUUGGAAGGAGGUGUGCUUCGCCUGCGUUGACCACCAGGAGUUCAAGAUGGCGCAGAUUUGCGGCCUCAACAUCAUUGUUCAUGCCGACGAACUGGGUGAGCUCAUCUCCUAUUACCUGGUGCGGGGCCACUUUGAGCCGCUUAUUGCCCUCCUCGAGGCCGGCCUCGGCCUUGAGCGCGCCCACAUGGGUCUCUUUACCGAGCUUGCCAUCUUGUAUGGCCGUUACCAACCGGAGAAGAUGAAGGAGUACCUCGAGAUGUACUGGUCGCGUGUGAACAUUCCCAAGGUGCUGCGCGCCGCCGAGGAAGCUCACUUGUGGCCCGAGCUCGUGUUCUUGUACGACAAGUACGAUGAGUAUGACAACGCCGUCAUCACCAUGAUGGAGCAUCCGUCCGAGGCGUGGCACGACAAGCGUUUCCUCGAGAUGAUUGUCAAGGUGGCCAACACCGAGCUGUUUUACAAGGCCGUUGACUUUUACCUGUCCCACAAGCCGCUCCUGCUCAACGACCUGCUGACGGCCGUUGUUGGCCGCAUUGAUCAUACGCGUGCUGUCAAGUUGCUCAAAGACCGCGACGUCGUGGCCAUGGCCAAGCCUUACCUCAAGACUGUGCAACAGAACGACAACGUGGUCGUGAACGAGGCAUUGAACGACGUGCUGAUUCAUGAGGGUGACUACGAGGGUCUUCGUACCUCCAUCGAUGGUUACAAGAACUUUGACAACAUUGCCCUGGCUCAGCGAUUGGAAAAGCACGAGUUGCUCGAGUUCCGGCGCAUUUCCGCAUACCUCUACAAGGGCAACAACCGCUGGAAACAGAGCGUGGACAUUUGCAAGAAGGAUCGCCUCUACAAGGAUGCCAUGCAGUACGCGGCUGAAUCGCGCGAUCCUGAGGCGGCCAAGGCAUUGCUUGACUACUUUGUCGAGAUUGAUGACAAGGAAUGCUUUGCGGCAUGCUGCUUUGCCUGCUACGAUCUCUUGCGUCCGGAUGUCGUGACCGAGCUUGCAUGGCGCAACGGCAUGAUGGACUUUGCCAUGCCCUACCUGAUCCAGGUCAUGCGCGAGUACAUGGACAAGGUGGACAAGCUGGACACCCAUCACAUUGAGAAGAAGGCCGAGGAGGAGUCUCAACCACCUGCACCAGCCCUGGGUAUGCCUCAGCUCAUGCUGACUGGCCCAGGCAUGAUGGGUGGCAUGAUGGGUGGUAUGCAAGGGGGCAUGCCCCAGGGUGGUAUGCCCCAGGGUGGCAUGUAUUAAAAGUCGGCUGUGCCAGCACUGCUCCAUCCAACUUCCUAGCUAUCGAAUCGACCUGCCUGCCCCCUUCCUUGUUGUCCUUCUGUCAACAUUGUGUGGCUGCAUCAGGCAAGCGAUGCAUAGUCAUGGCAUGAGCUGAAAAUCUCAGCAUUUUGUUUCUCGUGAUCUCUCGCACUCUGAUUUUGCUUUUAUCUUCUGUUCUUCCACUCCUUUGCUCUUCUUUUCUCGCGGGGCCAGUGCCCAGGGUUAGGGCCGACCAGCAGUUGGGCUAUGAUCUUUAGUCAAUUGAAAAACCUCUCUUUUG